CUCCGCUGCUCAGUCGCGAUUGUUACGCGCCGUGAAGUGUGUCCAACGUCCUAACUCUUAUCCGUGCAGACGGCAGUGUUGUGACAGCGAGUGUGUGUGCAAUGCGCGGACGGUGAUCGAAGCAUGGUGAAUUACGUUAAUCCGCUCGCCAUGUACCAAGGCAAGGGCGGGCAAUAUGGCGGCGGCUGGUACGGCUGGCAGCACCAGAACUUUGAGGAACAGCAGUGGUGUGCCUGGAACGGUGCGCCGGCGGGCGGCGAGUGGACGCCGGACGCGCAUCACUUCCCAAAGAGGGAGCCAGGGGAGAGAGAGAUCACGGAUAUACCGUCGCCGGCCAGGGGAGACCUAGCGAGCCCCAGUGAAGGCUCCCCGGGCUCGAGGCCCUCUCAGCCUCCGGCACCUCCCCGCUCGCCCUAUGAGUGGAUGAAAAAACCGAAUUAUCAAACACAACCAAAUCCAGUAGGUAAAACGAGGACGAAAGACAAGUACCGCGUGGUGUACAGCGACCACCAGCGCCUAGAGCUGGAGAAGGAGUUCCACUACAGCCGGUAUAUCACCAUCCGGAGGAAGGCCGAGCUGGCGGUCAACCUGGGCCUCUCGGAGAGACAGGUUAAAAUAUGGUUCCAAAACCGAAGGGCCAAGGAGAGGAAGCAGGUUAAGAAACGCGAGGAGGUAGUUAUGAAAGAGAAGGGUGACCACGCAUCGCUCCAGCACGCGCAACUCCACCACGCCACUAUGCUGCACCAUCAACAGAUGAUGAACGGUAUGAUGCACCAUCAUCAUUACCACCAAGGGGUCUUGCAGGGCGUCCCCGAACCACUGGUUCCAGGGGUGCCGCCCGUGCCGCUGCUGUGACCGCAGCAUCAGGAAUACUGCGCCCACGGCGACUAUCCCCAGUGACCGCCGAAUAUUGGACACUACCAGUGAAACACGGAAAGACUGUGCAAAGUGCACGUUUAUUCAUUAAUUCGACAUGACCUUAAGAAUUUGUGAUACAUUAGUGCAAUUUUCUUACGAAACAUAACGUUCGUGUCGAAGCGUUAUCGAUUUGGAAAUUGUUUUAAACGCGGUUAGCAUCUAAAUACACUUUACUGUAAAUGAUUGACAUUUACAAACAUACGUUGGCAACUUGAUUCUUUUCAUAACGUGGCUUAAAUAAUAUUAUUUGUUACCAAUAUUUUUUUACGAUUGUGAAAUAUAUCUUGUUGCGAACGUAAUGCAAUAAAACAAUACGCCUUAACCUUAUUCAUAACAGGAAAAUGAAAUAGAUUUAUAGUUCUAUCUGAAGCAUGUUCCUGUUAUCAGAACGAGGCCUACCGUAGGCUAUUCUUGAUCCGUCGCUAGAAGUUAUUGAGAUGUUCGCCGCGCCCCACGCCUGCAACUUUUUGUACUCCUAGGGGUACUAAUUUUUAUAAUUUAAUUUUUUUUUCACUGUAAAUAUAGUAGAUAUCUAUAUUUUUAUAUUAUUGUAAUAAUUAAGACUAUUGAUUAUGCUCUAAGUGGUUGAUAAAUAUUUCUCAAUACUACAAGUGGAUUUCGAUGAGAUUAUUCGUUAUUUGACAGCAAUUGAAAUAUAUUUAACCCAUUAUAUAGUAAUUUUAAGUCUUGUAAUUUAUUCAUCUAAAUAAUGAAUUAAGUUUAUAAACAUUUUACAUUUUCAAAUUAAUUUAUUAUUAUCAUUGUUUAUAUACUGGAACUUGAAAUUAAUUAAGAAUCUCAAAUAUUAUGUACAUAUUAAAAAAAUAUAUAUAUUGUAAAAGAAUUUAACACGAAUUAAAUGUUAAUGACAACAACAUUUGUAGUAUUGAGAGGUGUGUACGUUUGCAUAUUAUUUUUUACGUUGAAUGAGAUUAUUCUUAGUUGUAACUGUUCUGUAUAUAAUAGCUUAAAUUAGAUUAAAUUAUUAUAACGCCAGUUUCCGCAAUUUUACAAAUUACUUACUAAAUUAUGUAAAACGAAUCGAAGAUUAUAGUAAUCGGUACCAGUUGAUUUAAAGUUGAUUUUUGACCAUUAUGUACAAUAUUUAUUGAUUUUGGAAAACAUGGCUUGCGUUUAUCUUUUUGUUUUGUGAUACAGGUUAAAUAGCUAUGGUGCUAGUAGUUUCCCGGCCUUAACUUUUUACUCUACCUCUAUCUGUAUGAUUAUUUAAAUAUAGUAUGAGUGCGAACAUUGUAUUAUAAAGAUUUUGUGCUUGUUGUGACAAUGUUUGGAAACCGCUUGUGGACACGGGAUUUGUUAGUAUGUAUGCACUAUCACGAAACAUAUUUGAUAAACUAAAUAAAAUUCAUGUUAAUCUAAA